GCUGGAGCAUUCAUUCUCCAGUCUUACUUGCCAUGGACCCCGAUCCGGCGGAUCCUCCACCUCCGGGUGGAUGUUAUCUCCUACUGGUGAUUGGGGAACCCCACUCUGAUGAACAUAAAGAACGAAUACUCGAAAAAGUCUCUAAAGGUCUGCUUUCAUGGGACGUCAAGUCGUCCGGAUGUGAUCUUUCACACCUUCAAAAUGUGUACAAAAGCACAUCACCAGUUGACAAACCACAACAAGGUAAGAUUUUUAACUGUUAUCCUGCGAUAAACCGGGACUUUGUUGAUGCCUUCUACGAUGCCGAUGUUCAGCGAGUUUUAAAGAUUCAUCCGAGAUAUUCAAUUCACUUACAUUGCUCCUCCGACGGUGACUGGACAAACAAGGGAGUUACAGAGAGUAAUAUAGGUAACUUGGCCAAAAUCAUAAUAAAUCCACCCGAUAUGUUUGCUGCCGUUCCAGGCACACCUGCCUUAUUGCAGUUUCUUAAGAAUUCCAUCCCAAGUAGCCCUUUGGAGAGAAUAAUGCAACCAACUUCUGUUGUUGGAAAUAUUCGUUUCAAUCGUCCAACUGUAUAUGUAUUUCCUGGAGGAGAUGGUGAUUGUUCAUUGGUUGGAGUGAGUGGUUUUGUCAUGUUAAUGGAUGGUGGUUUUGAACGGAAACCUUGCUUCUGGGAGUUCCUCCGUCAUAUUGACAGGAUUGAUGCUGUUAUGGUUACCCGUUUUAGUGAAACAAAUUUAAGUGGAAUUACUUCAUUAAUUAAGAGAAAAACUUUAGGAAAAGUUUGCCCUAAUAUCGGUUACGUAUUUGCAAAUGUAUUAAGUGCAAAAGAAUCAUCUAUUGGUGAAAACGAAAAAGAUAAAGAUGAACUCGUUGUUAACGUCAUCCAAGAGGGACAUUUAUUCUUACAAAACCUAAAUAUGUUAGAGUUGCAACCUCAUCUGUGCUUUCGAGAAAGUCCAACAGAGCCUUUAAUUUUAUAUCAAAAAGUUGGCCACGGAACUCUCGAAAUGUAUGUGUUAAAUCCUCCUAAAGAUAGCCGCGAGAUCAAGGAAUUUCUUCAUCAAUGGUCCUCCCGAAAAGAUAACUUCAGUACCCUCAAGGUGACUUUAAAAUCUCAAGAAAAAAUCCCUAUUCCUCUCUCCGACUUUACGUCAAUUUGUGCCCUAAUCAUUUGGAAGCCUUCAGAUCCAAAUGAUAACAUUACUCGAAUGCUCUUUCCAGGAAGUGUCCCUCAGAUAAAAUUAUUUGAAGGCUUACAAAAGCUAAAACAGUUAGAAAUGUUAAAACACCCAAAAUGUUAUCAAGCUAUUCUUAAACAAACCACAGAAAAACUGAAGUUAGAAAAAGAAACAGAAAAACCAGUUGCAAAAGUUCUUCCUAAACAAGCAAUAUCAACACCUGAGUCACCCACUAAAAAACCCGUGCCAAAACCUGACCAAACAUCACCUACCAAAAAAUAUAUAUCUAUAACACAACAAAAACUAGAAGAAAAAACUUAUGAACCAUCUAAAUUUUCUUCUAAGAAAGCAGAAAUAAAACGUGAAAAAUCCCCAGAGAAAAGAGAAGUGUCAAAAAAGCGUGUCAUUACGACGGCAAGUAAAGUAACAGAGAAAGAACUAGAAAUUAAAAAAUUAGCCCACAUGCCUAAGUCUCCAGAGAAGAAACCUAAAGAAGCUAUUUUAGAAAACGGUGUAGAAAAGAGAAUCCGAAAAUAUGUUGACAUAGAUCAUAGAACCAGGCAAUCCUUGACACCGACAAGGACAGCUGCUCCAAAAGAAAGUAAAAAGAAAUCGCCAACUGCAUCACCAAAACACAUACAAAAAAUAACUAUAAAAGAAGGUAAAAAAAGGUCACCAACUGCAUCACCAAAACACAUACAAAAAAUAACUCUAAAAGAAGGUAAAAAAAGGUCACCAGCUGCAUCACCAAAACACAUACAAAAGAUAACUCUAAAAGAAGGUAAGAAAAGGUCACCAGCUGCAUCACCAAAACACAUACAAAAGGCAAGACCUUUUCAAGCAAGAGUACAAAAGGCACCAAAAAAGGUAGAAAUAGAUGGAAAAGUUAAACCUCCGUCCCCAAAAAUCACACCAAAAAUAACUAAAGAACCAAAGGAACGUCCACCUAGACAAUUACCUACAGGGAUUAAAAAAGUUGAAAGGCGACAUAAAAAAAUACCUGCUUCCGAGAUAGAGUUAGAACUCCAAGAAGCAUCUACUACUGAAGAAGAGAAGGAACCUAAAGAAGAAGAAGAAAUGAGAGAAGCAACAGUACAUAUUUCUAAAGAAAAGCAUUUACCUGAAAAACCAGUACUCAUAAGAAAAACGAUACAAAAAGCAGAAACAAUAGACGUUGCCAAGGAAGAAGAAAAACAAAAAAAACUACCUAUCCCUAAGGAACAGUUAGAACUUGGAUUAACAGUUCCAGUAACCGAAGCUGAAGAAAUAAAACCGACAGUUAAAGGAAUAGAAAAACCUGAAGAAGAAUCAAAAAAAGUACCUUCUCCUAAACAUGAGGAACCCAGAGAAAUUGUUUCUAUUACCAAAGAAGAAGAAACAGAAAUAAAACCUAUUCACAAAGAAGAAAAAACCAAAGAAAAACCAGAAAAAGUACCCUAUCUUAAGGAGACAAAACAAGAAGCAGUAAUUCCCAUAACGAAGAAAGAGGAAAAACAUGUCUUAUUUCCCACUAUUAAAGAAAAAGAAAAACUACUUGCAACAAAAGAAGAACCUGAAACAGCAGCUACUGUUAUAGAACAUGUGGAACCAAAGGAACGAAUCUCAAUAACCAAAGAAAAAGAAGAAAUUAAACCUCUUGCUAAAGAAGACAUAGCAGGAAAAGAUAAAAUUAAAACCCUUGCUGAAGAAGAGGAACUUAUUAUGAAGAAAGAAGAACCCGAAGAAAAGCCAGGAGAAAUAGCGUCUCUAGUUAAAGAAGAAAAACUUGAAAUAAUUCCCUCUCCUAUGAUAAAGGAAAAACCUAAAAAAAUAGUUCAUAUUACUAAAGAGGAAGAAGUUGCAAAAUUAGUAUCAAUUUCCAAAGAAUAUAAGGAACUUGAAGAAAUUGUUGCCAUAACUAAGGAAGAAGAAGAACCAGAAAUUAUUUCCACUCCUAAAGAAAAGGAAGAAGCUGAAGGAAUAAUUCAGAUUAAGGAAGUGGAAAAAGUUGUAAAAUUAGUACACAUUUCUAAAGAAUUUAAAGAACUUGAAGAAAUAAUUCCCAUAACGAAAGAAAAAGAAAAGCCACCAAUAAUUCCUACUCCAAAAGAAAUUGAGGUACCUCAAGAACAACAAGAAGAAAAACAAGAAUUAAUUCCCUCUCCAAAAGAAAAGGAAGAACCUGAAGAAAUAAUUUCUAUUGCUAAAGAGGAAGAAGUUCCAAAACUAAUAUCCAUUUCUAAAGAAUUUAAAAAACUUGAAAAGGUAGUUCCAAUAAAAAAAGAAGAAAAACCAGAAAUAAUCACUACUCUUAAAAAGAAGGAAAAACCAGAAAUAACACCUAUUGCUAAAGAGGAAGAACUUGAAGAAAGAGUUCCUGUUACUGAAGUAGAAAAACUAGAAAUAACACCUGUUCCUAAAGAGGAAAAACUUGAAGAAAGAGUUCCUGUUCCUGAAGUAGAAAAACCAGAAAUAACACCUGUCCCCAAAGAGGAAAAACUUGAGGAAAGAGUUCCUGUUCCUGAAAUAGAAAUACCUGAAAUAAAACCUGUUACUAGAGAAGAAAAACCGCUAAUAAUUCCUACUCCUAAAGAGAAGGGGUUAACAGGAACUCUUGCUUCUGGUUUUUCCUCUUUAGAUACAGGUGUUAUUUCUGGUUUUUCUUCUGCAAGAACAGGAACUGCUUCUAUAGGUUUUUCCUCUUUGGGGAUAGGUGUUAUUUCUGGUUUUUUUGUUCCUAAAGAGGAAGAACUCGAGGAAACAGUUCCUGUUCCUGAAAGAGUUCCUGUUACUGAAAUAGAAAAACCAGAAAUAACACCUGUCCUCAAAGAGGAAAAACCAAAAGAAGCAGUACCUGUUCUUGCAGAAGAAAAACCAGAAAUAACACCUGUAUAUAAAGAGGAAAAACCUGAAGAAAGAUUUCCUGUUCCUGAAGUAGAAAAACCAGAAAUUACACUUAUUGCUAAAGAGGAAAAACCUGAAGAAAGAGAUCGUUUUCCUGCAGAAGAAAAACCAGAAAUAACACCUGUAUCUAAAGAGGAAAAACCUGAGGCAAGAGUUCCUGUUACUAAAAUAGAAAAACAAGAAAUAACACCUGUUCCUAAAGAGGAAGAACUCGAAGAAAGAGUUCCUGUUCCUGAAGUAGAAAAACCAGAAAUUACACUUAUUGCUAAAGAGGAAAAACCUGAAGAAAGAGAUCGUUUUCCUGCAGAAGAAAAACCAGAAAUAACACCUAUUCCUAAAGAGGAAGAACUUGAAGAAACAGUUCCUGUUCCUGAAAGAGUUCCUGUUCCUGAAGUAGAAAAACCAGAAAUAACACCUGUCCCCAAAGAGGAAAAACCUAAAGAAACUGUUCCUGUUCUUGCAGAAGAAAAACCAGAAAUAACACCUGUAUCUAAAGCGGAAAAACUUGAAGAAAGAGUUCCUGCUCUUGAAGUAGAAAAAAAAGAAAUAACACCUGUAUCUAAAGAGGAAAAACUUGAAGCAAGAAUUCCUGUUACUAAAAUAGAAAAACCAGAAAUAACAUCCGUCCCUAAAGAUGAAAAACUUGAAGAAAGAAUUCCUGUUACUAAAGAAGAAAAACCGCUAAUAAUUCCUACUCCUGAAGAGAAGGAAAAACCAGAAAUAACACCUAUUCCUAAAGAGGAAGAACUUGAGGAAAGAGUUCCUGUUCCUGAAGUAGAAAAACCAGAAAUAACACCUGUACUCAAAGAGAAAGAACUUGAGGAAAGAGUUCCUGUUCCUCAAGUAGAAAAACCAGAAAUAACACCUGUCCUCAAAGAGGAAAAACCUAAAGAAGCAGUUCCUGUUCUUGUAGAAGAAAAACCAGAAAUAAAACCUGUAUCUAAAGAAGAAAAACCUGAGGCAAGAGUUCAUGUUACUGAAAUAAAAAAA